GGCGGGCGGGCCGCGGCGACUGCAGGCGGCGGACGGGCGGACCGGCGGACGGGCGGGCGUCUCCACUUCGCUCCCUCCCUCGCUGCCGGCUUCCUUUUGUUUUUCUGGGAGGAGAUGAGCGCAGGGCCGGCGCGGAGGCUGCGGGCGCACGGAGGCCCGCGCUCCUAGCCACCCUCCCGGCCUCGGCGCGCUCGUCCCGGGCAGCGGCCCGCGCCCGCCCCAGCACCAGCUGCGCCGAACUUGGGCUCGGGAAGCCGGCUGACCGCGUCCUGCGCCGGAGCAGGUGUUUCCUAAGUGCCUUCUACUGCCAGGCGGUUACAGACCUCUUGGGAGCCUCAGUGUCUUCAUUCUCCCCUGCACUGCUCAGGUGGGAAAAUCAAAGGACCCCUAAAGGCUAAGCAGUUUGGAAUAGAAGAAAUCUGGACUUCAGCUGGAUCAUUUUCUGAAAUGCAUUUCAUGUCAUCUUGUCCUGUGGUUACUCCAUGAGAGGGUGACCAGCCGCCACCAUGGGCAAGCAGAACAGCAAGCUGCGGCCCGAGGUGCUGCAGGACCUGCGCGAGAACACAGAGUUCACCGACCACGAGCUGCAGGAGUGGUACAAGGGCUUCCUGAAGGACUGCCCCACCGGCCACCUGACCGUGGACGAGUUCAAGAAGAUCUACGCCAACUUCUUCCCGUACGGCGACGCCUCCAAGUUCGCCGAGCACGUCUUCCGCACCUUCGACACCAACGGGGACGGCACCAUUGACUUCCGGGAGUUCAUCAUCGCGCUGAGCGUCACGUCCCGGGGCAAGCUGGAGCAGAAGCUCAAGUGGGCCUUCAGCAUGUACGACCUGGACGGCAACGGCUACAUCAGCCGGAGCGAGAUGCUGGAGAUCGUGCAGGCUAUCUACAAAAUGGUGUCCUCUGUGAUGAAAAUGCCCGAGGAUGAGUCUACUCCGGAGAAACGAACGGACAAGAUCUUCAGGCAGAUGGACACCAACAACGAUGGCAAACUGUCCCUGGAAGAAUUCAUUAAAGGUGCCAAGAGCGACCCCUCCAUUGUCCGGUUGUUGCAGUGCGACCCCAGCAGUGCCAGUCAGUUCUGAGGGGCCGGGCGUCCGGACGGUGGCGGAGGAACCCAGGCUCGUCUCGCCGUCUAAGCUUUGCUUGCAGAAGUGGAUGCCUCCUCCACCUUUCCUGCUCGCCGGGGCCCAGGCGACCUGCCCGGCCUGGUGGCUGGGCCUCCCUCCUCCACCUGGCCUCCUCCUGUCCCCCUGCCCGGCCCCCCGCCAGGGACGCCCGCCACCCCCCGGGGAGGUGUUGACACGCAGGGCUCACAGUUCUGGCUCCCGGGGCAUCUCCCCGCCCCAGGGAGCCCAGAGAACACCGCCGAGGACACGGAUGGGACUUCCUGAGAUCGAGACCAGGCCAGCUGCUGUAUGUGGUGAUGGCAGGUGGCCGUGGGCAAGGUGGGGACGAGACCAGAGGGAGAGUAGACGGGCGAGCCCUCCCCGUGCAUGGCCCCGCCUCGCUCGUGCGUUUCCUCUGACCAAAGCUGCUUGCACGUACGGAUACUGUGGCCUCCUUCCUUUUCGUGUAUAAAUUAUGCCCCUGGUGAAGUGACGUGUGCCGUGUAGGUCCCGUAUUUCACGCCUCCGUUGCCUGUGAUGCGUGGUCCCCCCGCCCCAGUGGCCCGUGAUCCGCCCCCGAACCUGAUUAUUUUGUGGUAUUUAUGCGCUCUCUCGAUCUGCCCGUUUCCAAGGAAAUGCAUGCGUGCCCAGUGCCGUGGCGACCGUCCGUCCAGGUAGUGAACGCAGGCAUCUGUGUAAGGUCUGUCCUCCCUGUUGAUUGGUCUGGCAUUUCCUGUAUUAAAAAUGAUCAAAUAAAUGGAAUUCUCGGA